AUGCAACCUUCUCCGCUAGGACACUCAGCUCACGAGAAGGCAUCGGAGGCGGAUUCGGGGGCGCUGGUUCUCGCGCCACCCCCGUCUCCUGCCCCUCGAGGCUACCGUUUCACCGUCUACUUACCGACGCUGAACCGGUCAAUACUUCAAGGCCGCCCCAGAAACGCUCGUCGCAGGCACCGUUUCUGGCCGUACUUCGCCUGUGCCUUCUUUACCUUUUUCGCCCUUCAUCUACUCCUCAACCAGCCCAGAUGGCGUCGAUGGCACCGAAUACCCUCUCCUUCCUCACGCACCUCAGGACCUCUCCAGUGCUUCGAGAAAGUGGUCUGGGAUGCAACCGACUUCGACCUCCAAGGCGAUUUUCCUCACCGAGCCCGGACAUCAGUCGAACUUCCCCUCUCCGCCGAUCAGCUCUACUUUGUCGCUGAGGGCGCACUCUCCCACGGGUCCUUUGAGGUCGUACAAGCUCCGAUCGCAUCAUCGGAUGUAGCACUGGUGGACGUCCAAGUGUCUUACCACAGCCAUGAGGCCCUUCUCGAUGCAGCCGUAUGCCGCCUCAACCCUGCACCUGGAAAAUGGGGAUUCGGGAUCUUUACCCCGGGAUGGCAGCGCCCUCGGCAUGAGCGAAUGCUCAAAUUUGACAUCCGCUUGACCCUUCCGUCGGCACCCCCGGACGAGCCUCUCAAACUGCAUGGUCUCCGCACAGACCUUCCUCUGUUCUCUCAUCAUGUCCGUGAGCUCGGGGAGACCGCUCGCUUCGCACGUGUCGAGUUCGAGUCUCAGAACACCCCCCUCUGGGUUGAUUCGCUUACUGCAGACCAAGUCGUAUUCCGUACCACCAACAGUGCGAUACACGGCCGGUAUAAUGUCUCCAGUGAUCUUGAACUCAUGACCACCAACGCUGCGAUCGUCGCCCAUGCCGAUCUCCUUGAUGCAUCGGACAGAGAGGAGUUGCCCACCGACGCUCGGAAGCCGCCCCGCCUCUCUCUCCAUACUUCCAACGGCCUCAUUAACGCGACUGUCCGGUGUUAUCACAACCGCUCAUCCAACGCUCGCGGCAAUGGCGUCGUUUUCGGAGCGCCUGAGACCCCAGCACGCUUCGCUAUCUCCGCGCACACGACAGACGCGCCGCUCGCCCUUGCCGUCCACGAGCUUCCGGCGCACGCCGUCCUCGCGGUGACCGCCACGACGUCGAACGCCCCCGCUCAGGUCGAGCUCCCACGCACGUUCGAGGGCGGGUUCGUGCUCACGUCGUCGACGUUCUUCCGGCCCACGCUCAACGUCACGGACGCCCUCGGGCGACGCGUUACCAGCGAAGCCAUCAGCCGGAGCUCUGUCUGCGGAGCCAUCAGGUUGGGCCAACACGAGAGUGAGGGUGAGGACGAAGGGAUGGUCGAUUUCCAGACUUCCAACGCGCCCAUCAGGCUUCUGCUCCCGUAA